AAAGGUUGCUCCUGCGUUUUGGUGAGAAGAAAGACCGAGCCCUCGCCUUCUUCCAGAUCCUUCACCUAUGAUCGAUUCCUCUUCGGUCUUAUCGGAUUAACUUGAUCUUUAUGGCUGUCUUAAGUUCCUCGGACGACCAAAAGUCAACCUCUAACGCAUCCAGAAGACCCUAUAUAUAGAUUCUUCAUGAAAUCAGUCGUUAACGCCGCCGCCGCCGCCGUCGGCAACCCCACGUUCGACUCUCUUCGUCUCGGAAGAUCUGCUCAAUCUGUUGUUGGUCGACUCAUCCGGUUUUGGGAUUCCCGGAACAUUAGCAAGAAUGGAAAGGUUGUUAUCUCCACUCCCUACCAAGCAAUCUAAGGUCAAGAUCAAUGCCGCUAUUGAAUCUGCGGCGGCGGCGGCGGAACCGGUUUCGGAUCAAUCACAAGACAAUCUACUCUCGAUCGAUUCAUCGCAAGAGCCGACCUCAAGCCUCCUCCGCCGGAUCCCCAAGUUGUUUCCGACCCAAGUUUUGAGUGUGGUAAUAACGACAGCGUCGGGAUCGAUCCUGAGACAGCUAAAACUUGCAUUUAUCCAGUAAACGUUCCUCUGAGAGAUUACCAAUUUGCUAUAACCAAGACUGCUUUGUUUUCAAACACAUUAGUUGCCUUACCAACAAGACUUGGUAAAACCCUCACAACUGCAUUUGUUAUGUAUAUUUACUUCAGAUGGUUUCCAAAAGGUUAAAUAUCAAGCCCACUUUUAUGUCUCCAUCUCUAUUAGAACCCGUCCUUGUCACUUACCCAGAAUCUUCGGCAGAAGCCACGAGCUUCAGUGGCAGCACCGAGCCAACAUCAGGAUCAGCAGCUUCUGCGCUCUCCGAUCAAGCUCAUCCUCUCCUUCUGUACGCGAGAUGGUUCUUCAUCUCCAGCACAGUGAACCGCCUCCUCUACUGGCUCUAGCUUCUCUCCGCAACGGCUUGUGUGGCUUUGUCGUCUUACAAGCUGGUGUAGCCAACGCGCUGAUCCAACACCAAUGGCGUCCAAAGUCGUUUAUCACGGUUUCUGGAGAGGUUGACUCUAGGGCGAUCGAGAAGAGUGCCAAGAUUGGGUUGGGAUGUGAUUAAUCGCAACCUUCUCUUCCUUGUGGAUCUGCGUGCUUAUUGCGUUUUGAGAUAAAUGGGGCGUAUCACAUACUACUAAGGUUGAAGGAAAAAGCGAGCGUGUACUCAAAUUCCUCAAAUCAGAGAAGGGAGAGCUGGAGACAUGACUCAGCAAGGAGAAUAUAUAAACUCUGCAACUAAAGGAAGAGUUAAAGGAGACUGAUACGCGAAACACAGAGUUAUACAAGGAACUUCACUCUGUGCGGAGUCAGCUUGCAGCGGAACAGUCGAGGUGUUUCAAAUUAGAGCUUGAGGUUGCAGAGGUAAGAUAAAAGCUUCAGACAAUGGAAACACUUGAAAAGGAACUGAAAUUCCUCCACCUUUAAAGAGAGGUUGCGUCUGAACAAGCCACCGCCAAUAUGAAUGGCAAAAGACAAAGCUUUGGUGGCGUCUGGGGAUGGCUUGCUGAAACUCCUCCGGCAAAACAUGAAUCCAUUGACUAUGUACCGCACAAAGAUAAUUUAAAAAAACGUGUAUUGUUCUCUAUCUCGGAGCCGACAACAACCAUAGAGUUCUGUCUCUUCAAUAUCAUCUCCGUUAAACUCAUUGCAAGGAUCACAAGUCUUCAUCUUCUAAGAUUUUGUUGAAAAUGCCGAGCAAGUGCGAAAUCUUGUGCGAGAUCUUGAUCGCAAUCCUUCUUCCUCCUCUAGGAGUUUGCCUCAGCCGUGGCUGUUGCACUGUGGAGUUCUUGAUUUGCUUAGUCCUGACUAUCGUACGAUACGUACCAGGCAUAAUCUAUGCGCUUUAUGUGAUUGUGUUCCAGAAACAAGAAGAGUAUUUCAAUGAAGCCAGACGCCCUCUCUACUACUCCGCUUGAUACCUCUCUGUCUCUCUGUUAGAAUCUGUUUUUCUUUGAGAACUUUUCACUCUUUGUACCAAAUAAGUUGUUUUUAUUUAAUGUGUUGAAAGAGGUUUGUAAACUUUUUGUGUUCAACUGCUCCUUUUAGGUUAUAUUCACAUAGAUUGUGUUGAUGCA